AUGGCAUCGUACGUCUACCGUCAAGAACCAUCUGCACCACCUAUGUAUCCAGAAGUUGAUAAUAUUCGUCCAGUACCACCCAUUCGAUCUGAAUUUACUCGACAUCCGCAAGAAGAAAAUCUUUUACCACCCAAAGUACCAAAACGUAUGGAUAUUGAUGAACCACCAUCUUGUUCUACUGUCAAUGUUGGUUCAAGAAGGUUUACAACAAAAACAUUUAUAUUAAUUUUUCAUAGGGCAUUUUUUUUUCGUAGUUGCUUUACUUGUAAUGGUAUGCAAUUACGAAUAUUAAAAUUACAGAAGCAACAUGAUGGCAUAUGGAUAGCAUCUCUUAUACUUGUUUGUAUAUCGAUUUUAGUUCAAAUUGGUUUAACUUCUAUUCUAUAUAUUAUUGCUAAAGGUGAUAUAAGAAAUCCUCUACAACAAAUCAAACUCGAACGAUAUAAUACUAUUGCAUUUAUUAUUAUUAUUAUUGUAUUUAUUAUUAACGCUAUUAUUAAUUUAUUUAUGUUAACAACAAAUUCAAAGAGUUUUCUAGAUACACGUUCAUUAGAAAUAUUACAAAACCAGAAUUAA